AGAAACGAGGGUGAGCUUAGCCAUUGGUAGAGUGGUAAGGUCUGAGCACAGGCUGUGCCUUGUGUGGGGAAGACGAGCAGAACUGCAAGGAGUGGCAGGGAGGAGAGAGAGACACAGAGAGAGCGAGAGAGAGAGGAAGAGAGAGAGACAGAGUGGGGGAAGGGAGAGCGAGAGCAUCUUUUGCCUGAAUCCUUUACAAGCAUCCACCCCACAGUAGAAGCUACACAGGUGAAACAACAUGGACCGUCUCAACACCACCUCUCUCCCGUGGCUCCCUGACGCCGCCCCGCUGUCCCAGGUCUCCCUACAGGUUCAGGAGGUGUACCCGUUCCACGACGGCUGGAACAUAGCGUGCUUCGUCAUCCUCCUCCUCUUCAUCAUCACAGUAGUCUCCCUGGCAGCUCUGGCCUUCCUCUACGAGCUGCUGGACUGUGGCUGCUGUGUCAAGGGGAAGACCCAUCGUGACCUGAUGGAGGAGGAAGGUCCCUUCCAGAACAUGGUGGAGAAGAUCCACAGUCCCACGGGGUCACAAACCGAGGUGGUGUAAGGGGGUUAAAGGGGUCGUUGCCACAGUGACCAGGGCCAAGCAGGAAGUUAGGUCAUGAUCGUUGACCCUGAAUCUGAACCCGAGACUGACUGUGCUGUGUGCUCACAGUUUGAGAACAGUGAGACUGCACCUUCGUAUGUGUGAGAUUGUGUGUGUGUGUGUGUGUCCCUGCUCCCGUGUGUGUGUGUGUAACGGUGGUGUUAUCUAAUCGAAGCACGUCAGCAGGGAAGGCAAGAGAGAAGAAGAGCUCUCCUUGCCAAGUCCAGGGUUUUAACAAGUCUAUUGGAUGUUUAGCAUCUUCAUCCAUCACCACAUUGUAAGUACAAGACAUACCAUUCGAGACAGCUAAAGACACAGGAGAUCCACAAUGAUAGCCAACCCUCUAGGACCCUACAGAGCAAGGAAGUCACCCAAAGUCAACGACCAAGAUGACCAAGAUGCACCAAGAUGCACCAAGAUGCACCAAGAUGACCAAGAUGCACCAAGAUGAUCAAGAUGCACCAAGAUGCACCAAGAUGAUCAAGAUGACCAAAAAUUAAAUGAACUGUCGUAUUGUUUCCAGAUUUCUAUGAAAGUUUUCCUUCCCCCCCAAAAAUAGUAAUUAUGUUAAAAAGCAGCUUUUAUGUGUUGGAAUGGUGUAGGCGUGUACUGGUUAUUAGAAAUAUGAAUGUAGCAGACCGCUGAUUGGACCAUCUCAUCCGGCUCAUGAUGAUGACCUCAUCCUCUUUGAGGAAAUAACAAGCAUUUUUAAAAUAGUCUGUUUGAGAUCCAAGUGGGAGGUGGGGGGUUUUGAAGUGUUUUUUUCCCUCCAAUUUAUGAUUUGACCACAAACACGAGUAUGGGAUUAAUAAAAAACAUUAUGAGUUAAUUAAACUAACUUUUAAAGUUAAUAUUCUGUUAUCCCUGGACAGUUACUUUAAAAUGUCACCAAAAGAUCCAGCUACCACAGAAGUCGUCCCACAUUUUAAUGUAAUUUACAGAUGGUUUUUAUUCCCUAAUGCUUCGACUGCCAUUGUAGGUGAAGUCCUCAUCCAUUUGACAAAAACUGUUCACAACUUGCUGUGUCGUAAUGAUGUAAUCAACAUGUUGCCUGUGAUGAUGUCACCGCUCACCAACAUAUUUUAAACCACAGCCAAGUGGCCAUGAUACUACUCUCUCUUGAAGGGGGGGGGCACCUGUACACACACCGAUGUAAAUAAAAUAACCUACUUGCAUUGAGCACAUGGUGUUAUUUCACUUUCCUAAAAUGAUGAUGAUGAUGACGAUGAUGAUGACGAUGAUGAUGAUGAUGAUGAUGAAUAAACAAUUAUCAC